UUUUACCCAACUACCUGAUCGGUGGAGUCAGUUUGGAUUUAUCCAUCUCGGAAUUCGGAAGUGCUUGAGCUUCUUCACGAUCACGACGCGAUCCGCGCGCAAUACCGUUCGACCGUGUCCGUGAGUGUGAUUUCUCUUUUUCUAUCCCUGUCCGGUAUCCAUCCUCCUGUUGACCUCCCCCUGUGGCUGUGCACGUGCGUGAACGCUUUCGGGACCCCAGAACAUCCAGAAGCUGAAACAGGACCAUUCUUCAGGAUUUUUAACGCACCACGGUAGCAGUUAGCAAUCGCUAGGAUCCCCAAAUUGAAAAUGGCCGCCUUAAACAUGUGCAAAGCCCCCGAAUCGUACGAGACGUACGCCUUCAAUCUUCCGGACAAAUUCAAACUGGCCGCUCAGGACGAACUCCGCGAGGACGACGACAUCCGGGAGAACGCGCUCAAGCAGUUCCGCGAGUGGAUCGCCAAGCAUCCGCUGAUCAAGAAAUGCCGCACCGACGCUCCGUUCCUACUGCGGUUCCUGCGAACCAAGAAAUUCUCCAUCCCUGCCGCCACGGAAAUGCUCGAGAAGUACCUCUCCAUCCGUCAGAUCUACCCCAACUGGUUCCACAAGCUGGAUAUCAACGACGCAGAAUUGGAGGCCAUCAUCGACACCGGGUAUCUGUUUGCCCUGCCCGAACGUGACGAACGUGGCCGCAAGAUUGUGUUCUCCUGCGCCGGCAAGUACGAUACCAAUCGCUUCACAGCCGCCCAGUUGAUCCGGGUCCACUCGAUGGUCGUCGAGGCUCUCUUGGACGAAGAAGAAUCGCAGAUCGCCGGCUACGUUCACGUGAUCGAUGAUUCCGAUCUGACGAUGGGAUUCCUCGGAAUCUGGUCUUUCACCGAUAUCAAGAAUCUGGCUAACUGCGUCCAGAACUCGCUACCGAUGCGACAGAAGGAGAACCACUUCGUCAACCUGCCAUCGUUCGCCAACAAACUGUCCGAUUUCAUCCUUUCCGUUCUGAGCGAGAAACUGAAGAACCGUGUGUUCGUCCACAAAAGCAUGGACGAGCUGAAGACCAAGGUGAACCCCAAACUGCUACCCAAAGAAUACGGCGGUACCGUCCCGAUGGCUGAGUGCGUUGCGCAGUUCAAGGCGUCCCUGAAGGCGAAACGAGACCAGCUGGUUGCGCUCGACGAGAUGCAGAUCGAGAUCAACAAAAACUCUGCCUACUGGGCCGAAACUACCGACGCAGAUAUCGCUGCCGGAGUGAUCGGUAGCUUCCGGAAGCUGGAGGUCGACUAGGUCCCCCUGUUUUUUUUUUUAAUUCCCCUCUAGAAAUCCCCUUUACUUUUUAUUCUAACGUUAACGUUCAAUGGGUGCCGAAUAACUUCGGUAGCUUUUUAUCAGAAAUAAAUGUAGUUCUAUUCAAACUUAGGUAAACAAAUGAUAAUUAGUUAAAAAUGUGAGAAAGAGACGAUUUCAGCUAGAAACGAUCCUCUAUCCCUCCAAACAGGUGGAACAAAGUUACCAAAACUCAACUGUAUCGCUAUUGAAUGCUAUCGAAUUUUAUGCGUAGGGCCGGGGAUUAUUCGCUCCCAAAAACUACUUCCAUAGCAAAAUGUAGAAUUGUACUGCUUAUUUGUUUACUUUUAUAUCCCGACAGCAAAACUCUUCUCUGUGAUUAUGGUUUCAGAAACUAGCACAGACUAGGACGAGGUAAAAUUAAUCUAAAUCCUUAACUUAUUACUUAUACUCUGUCCGCUAUAUUAUACCUUACGAAAAAUUUAUGCACGGUAUGGAAAGGAACAUGUAAUCUUCAUGUAUUUAGUGAGUAGAAUAGGUCGACCUCCUCAAUAUCUUCCUCCUCCGUUCCCUUGAGAUGUGUAUUAUCGAACAUUUUAUGCAAACAUAAACGUUACGUAUUUGCUUAUCAGCAAUGUUUUAUCAAAUAAUAAAGUUUAGGAAAGUUUA